AGUGUGAUCUCAAACUUCCCCCUCAGAGCGCUACGUACAUGAACACAGCGGCGACUUCAUGUUAACUUAAGGAAUACAUAAACUCUUCCAUCACGGUGACCGAAGGUGCUCAUGAAAACCAAGAGAAGAAGCGUUUAGAACCCGUCAACAUGUGGCUGAUCACGUCGCUGUUAUGGAUGAUGUAUAUAUGAUGGACGUGAGUGAGGAGGAGAUGAUGCCGCUGGUAAGCCACGAACGAGCAGGAAGUCACAAGUCCAGCUGCGACUCGGCCGUGACCGUUCGGCUGUACUACAGCCUGACGACCAAUGGUGAGAGCACGCUGUCCAUCCCUGCCGGUCACGUGACCGCCGAGAGCAUCUGCAUCCUCGCAGCCAAAAACAGCGGCAUAUUACCUGUAUUCCAUCACCUGUUCGCUCUGGCAUCAGAGGAUCUUUCGUACUGGUACCCACCGACCCAUGUGUUCAAGGCUGAGGAGAGUGUUACUGUAAUCUAUAGAGUUCGGUUUUUUUUCUCCAGCUGGUUUGGUCAGGGGUCCAAAGCGACUUACCGCUACAGCCUGACCACAGGCAGGAUCUGCGCUGUGCUGGACUACUGCGUCAUCGACUAUCUGUUCGCUCAGUCUCGGAGUGACUUCGUGUCGGGGUGUGGUGGUGUGAAUCCUCCACUGAGUGCCAUGCAGGAGUGUUUGGGAAUGGCUGUGCUGGACCUUUGGAGACAGGCCAAAGAGCGGAACCGCAGCCCGAGGGAAGUGUGCAAGACCAUCAGCUACAAGUCGUGCCUGCCAGAGACGCACCGUGAGGACAUCCAGAGGAUGAGCCGUCUGGCCCGGUACCAGAUCCGUAAGACUCUGAAGCGUUUCCUGCAGAAGCUGGGCCGCUGUUCGGCUGGAGAGCGCAGCCUGAAGCUGAAGUACCUGAUGGAGCUGAGCGCCGUGGCACCCAACUACGACUCAGAGUGCUUCACCAUGCACAGAUCCGGGUGGCUCCAGUGUCCAGAAUCGCAGCCCGUCACUGUGGUCAGAGUGUCCGGAGAGGGAGGGAUACAGAUACAGGAUGGACAGGAAUGGCAGAUGUUCUGUGAUUUCCCCCAGAUCACGGACAUCAACAUAAAGCGACUGGGUCAGGAGCGGCUUCCUGCAGAAGGGCGAGUGGUCACUCUCACUAGACAGGAUGACCGCUGCCUGGAGGUUGAGUUCCAGACUCUGGCGGAGGCGCUGUCCUUCGUGUCGCUAAUUGACGGCUAUUUCAGACUGACCACCGACUCCAGUCAUUAUUUUUGCUCUGAAGUGGCUCCACCCAGCCUGCUGCAAGACCUGGAAAGCCACUGCCACGGGCCUAUCACGUCAGAAUUCGCGGUGCACAAGCUCAAAAAGGCGGGAGCCCAAAACGGCAUGUAUCUUCUACGCCACAGUCCCAAGGAGUUCGAUAAGUACUUUCUCAUGGUCUGCUUACAGACGCAGCUGGGCGUGGACUAUAAGGACUGUCUGAUAGAGAAGAAUGAGAAGUUCCACCUGGCAGGGAUCCACAGCUCCUUCUGCUCUCUGAAAGAACUGACCGAGUUCUACCAGAACAACACGCUGCUGCUGUCCGACAUCCCCGUCACUCUGGGCAGGUGCUGUCCACCCCAGGCCAAAGAGCUCUCCAACCUGGUCAUCAUUCGGAACAGCAGCGUGUCCGAAAGCCCCAGCUCUCCUCCUCAGAGACACCGACCGAGUCACAUCCAGUUCCACAUGAUCAAACAUGAGGACUUGAUCUGGAAGGAGAGUCUGGGUCAGGGCUCCUUCACUCACGUAUACAGAGGCUUUAAAACACACCGGCGGGACGGAGAAACCCACACCACUGAGGUUCUGCUGAAGGUUCUGGAUGCAGAGCACAAAAACAGCUGGGAGUCUUUCUUCGAAGCAGCCAGCCUCAUGAGCCAGAUUUCCCACAAGCACCUGCUGCUGGUGUAUGGGGUCAGCGUCCACAAGUCCAAAAACAUCAUGGUGCAGGAGUUUGUGAAGCAUGGAGCUCUGGACCUCUACCUGAAGAGAUCGUCCGUGUCGCUCAGCUGGAAACUGGACGUGGCCAAGCAGCUGGCCUGCACGCUCAACUUCCUGGAGGAGAAGAACAUUGUGCACGGAAACAUCUGCGCUAAGAACCUGCUGCUGGUCAGAGAAGGGGAUCCAAACUCGGACAACUUGCCCUUCAUUAAGCUCAGUGACCCGGGCAUCAGCGUGGCCAUGCUGGGCAGAGAGGUGGUUUUAGACAGAAUCCCCUGGGUGGCCCCUGAGGUGCUGGACAUGCUGGAGUUGGGUCAGCAGAGCGAUAAGUGGAGUUUUGGGACGACGUUGUGGGAGCUCUUCAAUGGAGGAGAAGUUCCACUGCAGCGCCUUGACCCCAAACAGAAGCAGCAGUUUUACGAGCGACGCUCUCAGCUGCCCUGUCUGGACUGGACCGAGUUAGCUGACCUCAUAUCACAGUGUAUGGAGUACCAGCCUGAACUCAGACCGUCAUCCAGGAGCAUCAUCCGCCACCUCAACAGCCUCAUCACUUCAGAUUACGAGAUUCUGCAUGCGGCCGGCACUCUGCCGGAGAGAGACGGCUUCUGGAGAGCGCUGAGCAUGCCCAGACAGCAGGAGCAGGAGGUGUUUGAGGAGAGACAUCUACGCUUCAUUUCUCACUUGGGGAAGGGUAAUUUCGGCAGUGUGGACCUGUGUCGUUAUGACCCGUUGGGUGACAAUACAGGAGAGUUAGUGGCUGUGAAGCAGCUGCAGCCCAACAAGCAGGCCAACAUGGCCGACUUCCAGAAAGAGAUCCAGACCAUCAGCUCCCUGCACUGUGAUUACAUCGUCAAAUACAGAGGAAUCUGCUACAGCGCAGGCCGUCUGAGUAUGAGGCUGGUGAUGGAGUAUCUCCCGUACGGCAGUCUGAUCGGAUACAUGGAGAAAUGCAAACACACCCUCAACACCAGGAGGCUGCUGCUAUUCGCCUCACAGAUCUGUAAGGGCAUGGAGUACCUGCAGAGUCUGCGCUACGUCCAUCGUGACCUGGCUGCCCGGAACAUUCUGGUAGCGGGUGACACACUGGUGAAGAUCGCCGAUUUCGGCCUAACGAAGAUCGUUCCCUUUGAUAAGGAAUAUUACCGUGUCACGCAGUUCGGAGAAAGCCCCAUAUUCUGGUACGCACCAGAAUCCAUCUCUGAGUACAAAUUUUCCCACAAGUCAGACGUGUGGAGUUUCGGAGUCGUCCUGCAUGAGCUGUUUUCCUUCUGCGAGCUGAGCCGGAACCCCAAACGACUGACCCUCCAGCGGAUAGGCAGCGACAUCCAAGGCCCCAUGAUGGGCGCCCAUCUGCACAACGUCCUGAAGGACAACUGGAGGCUUCCAGUGCCGGCAAUGUGUCCACCGAAGGUGUACAGCAUGAUGAUGCAAUGCUGGGCCUACACCAGUGAAGACAGGCCUACCUUCUUCCACCUACAGGACCUGAUUGAGAGCAGCCUCCAAGAUGAACGAGAAGGAACAAAAGGAUGAACGGGUUUUAUAAAAGUACA